AUUUCAGAUCCACCGAUUUCGAGCUCAUGCCCCCACAGCCGAGCGCAUGCCAACCCACAUUCCACAGCACAUCUGGCAGCUUUAACCGAAGAAACGCAUAGGUUAAUCUCACUUUCGCUGGCAGACGGUUCCCGAGUUGCAUAUCAGAGGGCAGUCGACGCCUUUCAGAACUUUCGUCUAUCCCACAGUUUGAAAUCCUCGUGGCCAGCGACUUCCCAAGACGUCAUGACAUUCGUAGCUCACUUGUCCCUUAGCGGCAGAGCAGCUUCCACUAUAUCCGUACAUGUGGCAGCAAUAUCUUGCUUACACAAAAUGCAUAACUGGGACGACCCCACCCAACAUUUCCUGGUAAAAAAGAUGCAAGAAGGCUGUCGUCGCCAAGGGAAGUCACGAGAUAUCAGACGGCCAAUUACAUGGGAUAUUUUGGCGAAAAUAACAUCAAACCUAGAUUCGGCAUGCGCGUCCCUCUAUGAAUGCAUUCUUUUCAGAUCAGCGUUCCUACUGGCGUUUUUUGGUUUGUUGCGAGUGGGGGAACUUACAGUAACAGCGCGAUACGGUAAUACCUCUAAGGUGAUCGCGAUUGGGGACAUUCAAAUAGCGCAUAAUAACCCAGGGGCGUUGAUGCUGCGUAUUAGAUAUUCAAAAAACGAUCAAUACGGGUCCGCAGUCAUGCUGCGGAUAAACGGCAAUGGUAUCGAAAACAUGUGCCCUGUUCAGGCUAUGGGGAAAUAUCUUGUACGCAGACCAGCUGCCAAGGGCCCCCUCUUCUGCCACGCAAAUGGGGCGCCAUUAACACGGUACCAAUUUGGGGCGGUACUAAGAAAGGUCUUACACCACGCCGGAGUCCCCCCACUACAGUACGGGACGCACUCAUUCAGAAUAGGCGCAGCGACAACUGCGGCGUUAAACGGGCUAUCCCCCAGUAAAAUACAAACGAUGGGUAGGUGGCGCAGCGACGCUUUUAAGUUAUACAUCCGCAAAUAG